AUGUUAGAUAAUCAGGUCACCGGAAAAUCUUAACUUGAGAAUAACCUGUCUUGCCACAACACAACUGUUCUUCAGCUACUUCUCAACUUCAUUCUUCAACCUCAAGUUUUCAACUUUAUCUUCUUCCUCAUUCAUCUUCAGCUCCAUCAUCAAUCAUAGAGCUAUUGCUGUAGCAAAAACUCCAGGAUUCACCUUAAUUCUUCAUCAAUUUCAGACAUGAUAAAGUGAUGUACAUGCUAUGACACUGCAUAGUUGACAAACGGCUGUUGAGGCUUCUGGUAAGUUAAAUAUGUCGCGCAAAUUUGAUGACGAUGAUGGGCCAGUAACUUUUAAAAGGAGCUCAGUGUCGAAGAGUACUCAAUCGCAUUCAGAAGUGAGGAAGUCAACUUCUCAUAGUAAUGAUGGACGGUCAUAUAGAAAGUCCUCUGAUGUGCCUUCAUCAAAUGGCCACAAUUCUAGCUCACAAAAUGGUAAGCUUGUCCCAUGCGCUAAGGCAUCUGCCGUGGAAUCUUCUGUGGGUAUAUCAAAAGCAUCAACGUCAAUGGUCUAUGUGAGGUCCCCUAGAGGAAUUUCAAAAUUUUCAUCAUUCGAAAAUAAAAAAGAGUCUCUUUUAGAAAAGAAAAUUCCCGUUCAUGUUAAUGAGGAAAAUAAAGAAGAUUCUGAGGACGAGGUGGAAAAUAUGCCAUUGAGUGUUAGGAUGAAGAUGAACAAUAUCAAUGCUAAGAAAGCAACUCCUAUUGUUCCAAAGAAAUCUUCUGAAAACUCUGAUGAUGAUAUUCCCCUGUCAUCAAGGCUUUCACUUUCAAAAGCUCCGAAAGGACAGCAAUAUGGUUCCAAUGCUAGUGUUAAACAGGAAAGGCCAUCUACAUUGUCUGUUAAGAGACCACUGGAUAAGAGUGAUUCCUUGCAUUUUUCUGGCAAGAAGUCAAAACUCUCAGAUCCAGCUCAAUCAAUUAAUGCUAAACAAAUAUCAGCGAAAUCUGAGCCGAAGGUUGAGGAGGAAGAUGAUAAUGAUGAUGUUCCUCUUUCCCAACGAAUGAAUAAGUUACCCACAUUAGUGGAUAAAUCAUCUUCCUUAAAGAAGUUGACAAAUGUCACUAAAGUCAAUAAGGGUGCUACUCCAUCUUUUAAGAAGAAGGCCAAUUUCAAAAAAUCAGGAAAUAAAUCAGAACAAUUCAAAUCUACUAAACUUCCUCCAAGCUCUGAAGAUGGGCAGAAAAAAUGGACUACUUUGGUUCACAAUGGUAUCAUCUUCCCACCUCCUUACAAGCCCCAUGGGAUAAAGAUUCUCUAUAAGGGAAAGCCAGUGACUUUGACCCCUGAACAAGAGGAGGUCGCCACAUUGUAUGCUGUCAUGCUGGAUACAGAUUACAUGCAAAAACAAAAGUUCAAGGAGAAUUUUUGGACUGACUGGAAGAAGAUGCUGGGAAAAAAUCAUGUGAUUCAGAACUUGGAAGAUUGUGACUUUACACCGAUUUAUGAUUGGUGCCAAAUUGAAAAGGAGAAGAAGAAACAGAUGAGUUCAAAGGAGAAGAAGGCCCUAAGGGAAGAGAAACUGAAACAAGAGGAGAAAUACAUGUGGGCUAUUAUUGAUGGUGUUAAAGAGAAGGUUGGCAAUUUUAGAGCUGAACCUCCAGCGUUGUUCCGUGGACGUGGAGAGCAUCCCAAGAUGGGCAAACUGAAAAGACGCAUCACUCCAAAUGAUGUCGUAAUUAAUAUUGGAAAGGAUGCACCAAUCCCUGAAUGUCCUAUUCCUGGUGAAAGCUGGAAGGAGAUAAGACAUGAUAAUACAGUUACUUGGUUAGCCUACUGGAAUGAUCCAAUCAAUCCGAAGUUAUUCAAAUACAUAUUUCUGGGAGCUAGUAGUUCUUGGAAGGGGCAAAGUGACAGGGAAAAAUAUGAGAAAGCAAGGAUGUUAAAGAAUUAUAUAGGGAACAUUAGGGCUGCAUAUACGAAAGAUUUCGCGAGCAAAGAUAUUACGAAGCAGCAAAUAGCUGUUGCUACUUAUUUUAUUGACAAACUAGCUUUGAGGGCUGGCAAUGAUAAGGACGACGAUGAAGCUGAUACAGUUGGUUGUUGCACAUUAAAAGUAGAAAAUGUGACUGCAGAAGGCAACAACAAGUUGAAGUUUGACUUCCUUGGUAAAGAUUCAAUCAGGUAUGAAAAUACAGUUGAGGUGUUGCUUCCUGUUUAUAAUGCCAUUUUGAAGUUUCAAAAAGGUAGGAAAAUGGUUCUACUUUUUGAUAUAGUAUUGCUUAUGAGUCCGAGGCCAUUAACAUUGAAUAUCUGCUUUUCUGAAUUAUCAGAUAAACGUCCUGGUGAUCAACUUUUUGACAAGCUGGAUACAACUAUAUUAAAUAAUCAUUUGAAGGAACUCAUGCCCAACCUGACAGCAAAAUUCUUCCGUACAUUCAAUGCAUCGUUCACUUUGGAUGACAUGUUGAAUAAGGAAACUAAAGAUGGAGAAGAUGUUAAAGCAAACAUUCUUGUCUAUCAAAAUGCAAAUAAACAGGUUGCAAUUAUUUGUAAUCAUCAACGUAGUGUUUCAAAAUCUCACAGUGGACAAAUUUCGAAGUUGAGUGAAAAGAUCGAAGAACAUAAGGCUCUUUUGAAGGAGCUGAAAAUAGACUUGGACAGGGCAAGAAAAGGAAAGCCGCCUCUAAAGGGUUCGGACGGAAAAAACAAAAGGAACUUGAGUCCUGAAGCGAUAGAGAAAAAGAUAGAUCAAACCGAUGCAAAAAUUGAGAAAAUGCAAAGUGAUAUGAUGACAAAAGAAGAUUUAAAAACUGUGGCACUUGGCACGUCCAGGAUAAACUACCUAGAUCCCAGGAUAACAGUCGCCUGGUGCAAGCGGCACGAAGUUCCUAUUGAAAAGAUUUUCAGUAAAACUCUGCUGGAAAAAUUUGCUUGGGCAUUGGAUGUAGAUCCUGAUUUCAGAUUCUGAGAUGUAUAACAUGGAGGCAACUAUGCAGGGAAAAAACAUUCUUUUUACACAUUAAUUCCUUUUACAUGAAAUAAAAUAAUUUUUGUUUCUUUGUUUUAUUAAGUCCAGCGGAAAUUUAUGUUACACAUUCUCCCUCUAAUUUUGAUUUGGGGUGAGUUGUGCCUGUCCUCUUUCUUCAUGGACUCUCAACCAUUCAUAUUUAUAGAUUUUUUUGUUGGUACAAAUUCAUAUUUAUAAUUUAAUGUGAUGACCAUUGUUAAAUUAAA